AUGUGUUGGUUUUUCAGGUUAAGAUUAUCAAGUAAUAGGAGAGCCACUAGACAAAGAGCGGCAGGGCGGCCUGGUCUGAACCCUGGUCCGUCUGGUAAGAGAAACACUGGAAAGACGAGAGCAAAUGCCCCACCUAUCAAUCCAAAGGGGAAGCAGGCUAAUUCAAAAAAGCCGCAAAAAAAAGGUACCAAAACCACACCAGAUAAAAAGAAACAGAAGACAGCUUCCACAGUCGUGCAAAGUUUACCAGAGAGUAAUACCAGCACUUUACCAAGCCUGACUAAUUUAUUCAAGAAACCACAGCGUCAACAAGGUAUCACUUCACCAACUCGAAAUUUUCGGCAACACUACAUGAGUCAGUCUUGGGAUGAAAAUUAUAUGCAAAUUAAUCCUCUUCACGACAUUAUGGAGGAGGAAGAAGAAGACGAAUUUUAG